GGGAUUCUGGCCUUGCGCGGCCUGGGAAAGGUGAACGGUGUGGGGCCGCCAUGUUCCUCUCCGCGGCGCUCCGGGCCCGGGCGGCUGGCUUCGCUGCCCAGUGGGGAAAACAUAUAAGGAAUUUGCAUAAGACAGCUGUGCAAAAUGGAGCUGGAGGGGCCUUAUUUGUGCACAGAAACACUCCUGAGAAUAACCCAGAUACUCCAUUUGAUUUCACACCAGAAAACUAUAAGAGGAUAGAGGCAAUUGUCAAAAACUACCCAGAAGGGCAUAAAGCAGCAGCUGUGCUCCCGGUCCUGGAUCUCGCCCAGAGGCAGAAUGGGUGGUUGCCUAUCUCUGCAAUGAACAAGGUUGCAGAAGUUCUAGAUGUACCUCCAAUGAGAGUAUAUGAAGUAGCAACUUUUUAUACAAUGUAUAAUCGAAAACCAGUUGGAAAAUAUCACAUUCAAGUCUGCACUACUACUCCUUGCAUGCUCCGAAACUCUGACAGCAUACUGGAGGCCAUCCAGAAAAAACUUGGAAUAAAGGUUGGAGAAACUACACCUGACAAAAUGUUCACUCUUAUCGAGGUGGAAUGUCUAGGGGCCUGUGUAAAUGCACCUAUGGUUCAAAUAAAUGACAACUACUACGAGGACCUGACACCGAAGGAUAUUGAGGAAAUUAUUGAUGAGCUGAAGGCUGGCAAAAUGCCAAAACCUGGGCCAAGGAGUGGACGCUUCUCUUGUGAGCCAGCUGGGGGUCUCACUUCUUUGACUGAACCACCCAAAGGACCUGGUUUUGGUGUGCAAGCAGGCCUUUAAUUUAUAUUCAACUGUAAAUAAUAUCACUGGACAAAUAAACAUGAACCGGUGUACAUAAA